CGGGGGAGGGGGGUCUGCAGGGUCCGCCGGGCCCCACCCGGGAGCGCCUGGUCCGAACCCGGGGCUCUGGGCCCCAGAGGCCGAGUCCUGUGCUCGUGGCCGUCCUGACGAUUCUCGUAGCUUGUCAACCAGCAGUCCCACGUGGCCCUCAACGGAGAUUUCCCAGAACAGCCGAAAGAGCGGGAGGGAGUCCUGCUGAACGUUUUAGUCCCUUUCCUUCUGGACGCCUCGACCGGGGCCUCUGUGCCUGCCUGGUGUGAGGGGCGCUUUGGCCUCCGGGGGAGUUUCCAGGUCCUUCUCGGGAGAGCGACUUCGCUGCUUUAGGUGGGGCUUCCUCAGGUGGGGGGUUAGCUUAGCGCGUCUCGAUGCGGGCGUUCGUCCGUGGCCGUGGGGUUCCCUGCGGGGUCCGCUCUGGCCAUGCCCGGUGUCUCUCCAAGUGUUUCUGAUUUCCCCACGGCGGCGGCCCGGGCUGCUUGUUCAAGAGCGUUCUUCACGUGGCCUCGCGGGGGCGCAGCUCCGAGCCCCCUCCCUGGGCUCAGGCCCGAGGCGGAGACCGUUGCGUGGGGACCGGGGCGCCGGCUGCGAGCGUGGGCUUGUGGCCGAGACCGCCGGGCCUCACUCGAGGACAGCACGGCAGGCCCAGGGGCCGCCAUCGCUUUUACGUCUGCGUCGGCCCGUGGCGUGGAGAUGCCCAGUCCCCACGGGCGGCAGUCACGUUUGUCUUCGUCACUGGGACGCACUAGCUUCAGGGAGUGAGUGAAGGCAAGGAGCUCGUGUUCUUCCACCCAAGGUCACAGGGCCCUGUUACAGCGGGACAUUUCUGCCAUUGGCGCCGGCGCGAGCUUCCUGCGUCUGCGGCGAUGACCAAAACCUGGGCGGCUUAAAGUGACACAGUUAUUUUUUUCCAGUCCCAGGUCAAAGCGGGCGGGGCCACUGCCUUCCUGCCUCUUCCAGCUCCCGGAGCCCCUGUGGUCCUGGGCCUGUGGCCGCGUCCCCAGGCGUCUCCAGGUGUCCCGCGUCUGCCCUGUCCUCACACUCCUCACGCGGCUUCAUCUGAACUCAUUCCGUUAGCAAAGAUCCCUCAGGGGCCCGUGUUAUGAGGUCCCGAGUAGGUGGGGGUUUGGGGGCAUUGCUAACCCUGUCCCAGGCCCGUCCUGCGUCGUGCGUGGACUGCACAGGCAUCCUGGGCUCCGGAAGUCAUGGUUUCUGGGCGGCCUGCGCAUGCGGGAUGGGGCUUGGCUGUUACCCAGAGCCCAGCCCGAGUCCUGUGGCCGCCGCUUGCUCACCGUGUGGCCCACGCCUCCCACUUCUCUCUGAGCUUCGGUGUCCCCACGUGUAAGGCAGAGGGGCCUGAUUUUAGAGCCUCGGCCACCGUGUCUGCGCGCGCACAUGUGUCUCUGUAAAGCGUAAAGGUGAGCCGGCACGUGGGGUUUAGACACGCUUCCGGUAGACCAGCGCUGUCCGGCGGGGGUCCCUUCCCCGUUGGCACGUUCACCUGCUCCGGCUGCGUGUGACCCCCGAGCAUUUGCAGAGCUGAAGGUUUAAACGUGGUGGCUACGUGUGGCUGCUGACGGCCAGUAGGGCGGCCUGGGCGAGAUCCUUGAGACAAGCGCCUGAGAACCCGGUUGCCGGCACCGUGGUCCCUGGUGCGGCGGCACGCCUUGGAUGAAGGCAGCAGGACCUGGGGGCGGGGGUGGGGGGCGCUAGGAGCCUUGUUUUCUCCAGCGGGUCUGCAGCGGCACAGACCUCCAGCGGUCCGGGAGGCAGCUGCAAGAGAACAUAGCACGUACAGCAGAACCUGGACCGCGAGGAAGCUGUUCCGCAAGACAGGCAGACGUUCCUGAUACAUUCUCCCUCGGUGAGCGAGCGAGGUCUUGCAGUUCACCUAGAACGUGACGCCGAGUGUCAUGUGGUCGCAGCUGAGCCAGUGGUUCUCUGCGGGGGUGGGUGAUCAUCGCCCACGCUGGGACGCUCAGUCUCGUUGGCAGAGCUCAGCGAGUUUUCAGAACGUUGGUGCUCGUGUAUUUUUGUCCCCUCAACGCACCUGCGGACAGCCCUUUGCUUUUCCAUCCAAGAGCGAGCUCGGGAACGCUUUGCUUCAUUCUCGGUCGGGCCGCCUGCAGACAGGGACCUUGUCCUCUGCUGUCUCGCUGCCAGUUACAUUAAGUAUAGCAUGUGACAAAAGUUUAUUAAUCAUGUGCUGUAGUCAGCAUCAGCGGCAGCGUAUACAGUGACCCCCACGCGGAAAAAGGUUGAAGAGAAAGGCGGUAAGAAGGAGAUGAUUCUGGUGGAAGUCGAAGGAAAUCAUUGGAGACUAUGAACGAGGUACGCGAGGGGCUGAAAUUGCAAGAUUUUAUAAGAAGUCUACGUCUGUACCUUGUCUGCGGAGGAGGAGGAAAAGGCGGAGGAAUCCCUCACUUCAGAUGAGAUUAGGGAGAUGUGUGAAGUGUGGGAAACUGCAAAAUUGUGUAGCGAAGCACCACCCGAAUAAGGCUGUAGCAACGUGAGCAACGGAUCUGUUUAACGACAACGCGAUGUCCCGUUUUUGCGAAACCCUCAAGAGGAGGCAAAGCAAGCGUCACCGGAGAGGUUCCCUAUUAAAGCCGCAGGAAAAGAAGAAGAUUGCGUUGAGCCGAUAGAUAGCAGUGAUUCCCUUAGUGAUAGUGACAGUUGUCCUGCACAGUCACCCUCCUCUCUCUCGCCUCCCUCACUCCAGCCACGGAGGUUCUCAAAGGGCUCCUUCAAAGAGCUGGUUUACGUGUUCUUCAUGGUGAAAGAUGCCGGCCUCACCCCAGACCUCUUGUCCUACGCAGCUGCGCUCCAGUGCAUGGGACGGCUGGACCAGGACGCCAGGACCAUCCAAAGGUGUCUGGACCAGAUGGCCCAGGAUGGGCUGCGGCUGCAGGACCUCUUCUCCAGCGUGCCACUGUGCCAGGAGGAGCAGGCCGCACUCCUGCAGGCAGUGCACAAGGCCCAGCCCACCUUCAGCCCUCCUCUGCAGCCCCAGCCCGAGCCCCAGGUCAACACCUCACCCCUGCUCAGGGAGAUCUAUGCCAAGGAGGGCCCCGUGUCAUACUGUCCCCACCCCACAGGAGGGCCCCGUGUCAUACCCCAAGCUGCACCUGCCUCUGUGGAAGCUGCAGGCCCUCUUCCGGCAGCAGCUGCGUGUGGAGAUGGCCACCACUGUCACUGUGGAGUCCGUGGAGAAGGCCCAGCUGCUCACCAAGGAGGUCCUGCACGCGCGGAGGACGCUGAAGCAGCUGCGCGCCGCGUGGGUGGAGGCGCUGUGCGCGGGGCUGCGCGACGUGAAGGCCAGUGAGGCCCGCGCCGCCCGCUCCGGCCGCCCCACGCUCUUCCCGUACCUGUGUCUGCUCACCGAGCGGGAGCUCGCCAGGCUGCUGCUGCAGACCCUGCAGGUGCUGCCGCCGCAGGGAGAGUCCCUCCUCUCCCUGGCGCAGCAGCUGGGCCUGCGCGUCUUCAAUCGGCACGCGGUGCAGAAGAAGCAGCUCAGCCAGGUGCAGGCGCUGCAGCAACGCUACUACCAGUACCUGCACCUGCUGGCCUCGGACACCCAGGUGGCGGUGCCCUGCCUGCCACGGCAGUACUGGGAGACGCUGGGGGCACCCGAGGCCCCCCAUGAGCAGCCCUGGCCCUUGCCCGUGCUGGUGCAGUUGGGCAAGCGUCUGGCGGAGAUGCUGGUGGAGGUGGUGCGAAUGCCCGGCGGCCUGGCCGCCCCCCAGGGCUCCUGCUCCCUCAUCCCGGUGCUCUACCACGUGUACUCCUUCCGCAGCUUCCGCCAGAUCGGGAUCCUGAAGCCACACCCGGCCUUCACGCAGCUGCUGGCGACCGCAGCGGAGCACACGCUGACCUUCGAGGCGGCCGAGCUGCCCAUGCUGUGCCCGCCACUGCCCUGGACGUCACCGCACACGGGCGCCUUCCUGCUGAGUCCCACUAAGCUCGUGCGCUCUGUGGAGGGCACCACCCAGCACCAGCGCCUGCUGGACAGCUGCCCGCCCGCCGAGCUGCACGGCGCCCUGGACGCCCUCACCCAGCUGGGCAACUGCGCCUGGCGCGUCAACGGCCGCGUGCUGGACCUGGUGCUGGAGCUCUUCGCCGCCAAGGGCUGCCCCCGCCUGGGUGUGCCGGCCCCGCCCUCCGAGGCGCCCCGGCCGCCCGAGGGCCGCCUGCCGCCCGACGCCUCGCCUGCGCAGAAGGCCGAGCUGCGGCGGGAGCUGGCCCGCUGCCUCAAAGUGGCCCGGGAGAUGCACAGCCUGCGGUCGGACGCGCUGUACCGCCUCUCGCUGGCGCAGCACCUGCGUCACCGCGUCUUCUGGCUGCCCCACAACAUGGACUUCCGCGGCCGCACCUACCCCUGCCCGCCCCACUUCAACCACCUGGGCAGCGACCUGGCGCGCGCCCUGCUGGAGUUCGCCCAGGGCCGCCCGCUUGGCCCCCGCGGCCUCGACUGGCUCAAGAUCCACCUGGUCAACCUGACGGGGCUCAAGAAGCGGGAGCCGCUGCAGGCGCGCCUGGUUUUCGCCGACGAGGUGAUGGAGGACAUUCUGGACUCUGCCGACCGGCCCAUGACGGGCCGCAAGUGGUGGAUGGAGGUGGAGGAGCCCUGGCAGGCCCUGGCCUGCUGCAUGGAGAUCGCUCGGGCCGUGCGCGCUCCCGACCCCGCUGCCUAUAUCUCUCACUUCCCGGUCCACCAGGAUGGCUCCUGUAAUGGGCUGCAGCACUAUGCCGCUCUCGGCCGCGACACCAUCGGGGCCGCCUCCGUCAACCUGCUGCCCUCGGAUGUGCCGCAGGAUGUGUACAGCGGAGUGGCCGCGCAGGUGGAGGUGUUCCGCAGGCAGGACGCCAAGCGGGGCGUGCGGGUCGCCCAGGUGCUCGAGGGGUUCAUCAGCCGCAAGGUGGUGAAGCAGACGGUGAUGACUGUGGUGUACGGGGUCACCCGCUACGGGGGCCGCCUGCAGAUCGAGAGGCGCCUGCGGGAGCUCAGCGACUUCCCCCAGGAGUUCGUGUGGGAGGCGUCUCACUACCUGGUGCGCCAGGUGUUCAACAGUCUCCAGGAGAUGUUCUCGGGCACGCGGGCCAUCCAGCACUGGCUGACUGAGAGCGCCCGGCUCAUUGCCCAUGCGGGCUCGGCUGUGGAGUGGGUCACGCCCCUGGGCAUCCCCAUCAUCCAGCCCUACCACCGGGACUCCAAGGUCAUGAUCAGCGGUGGGAUCCAGAGCCUCACCUUCAGCCACAGUGGGGAUACCAGCCAGAGGCCCAACACACUGAAGCAGAAGAAUGGCUUCCCCCCCAACUUCAUCCACUCUCUGGACUCUUCACACAUGAUGCUCACAGCCCUGCACUGCUACAGGAAAGGCCUGACCUUCGUCUCCGUGCACGACUGCUUCUGGACGCACGCAGCUGACGUGGAGGUCAUGAACCAGGUAUGCCGGGAGCAGUUUGUCCGCCUGCACAGCCAGCCCAUCCUGCACAACCUGUCCAGGUUCCUGAUGAAGCGAUUCUGCUCUGGCGCCAGGUUUAGUGCCCCCUCCCCCAGUGCGGCCGGGACCACCCCGCCCUGCCCCACCGGGCCUCACGCCCACCCUGCCCUCGGCCUCAGGUCCCCACAGCACCUCAAGAGCACGCGGACUGGCAAGCUCCAGGACACGCUGAGGUCGGUGCCUAAGACAGGGGCCUUCGACCUGAAGCAGGUGAAGCACUCCACUUACUUCUUCAGCUGACGCUGCACCGCCGCCCGCCCUGUACCAUAGUGUAAAUAAAGCUGUUGCCACCCA